AUGGGUGGAGGAUUAUCAAAAAUGAGAUUAUUAAAAAUAAUGCUUGUAGGGUUAGAUAAUGCUGGUAAAACUACAUUUAUAAAAUGGCUUAGAUCUAACUUAAAUGGAACUCCUGGAUAGAAUCUUAAUACAGUACCCACUGUUGGAUAUAAUAUGGAAAAGUUUGUUAAAAAUAAUUUCUAAUAUUAAAUUUAUGAUAUGAGUGGAUAAAGCAAAUAUAGGGAAAUGUGGAACAAUUAUUGUAAGGAAAUAGUAGGUAUAAUAUUUGUAAUUGAUUCUACUGAUUAUUUGAGAUUUUAAGUAGUUGCUAAUGAAGUUGAGCUUUUGCUUGAAUAAGAAGAUAUCAAAAAUAGACCUGUUCCUAUUUUAUUUUUGGCCAAUAAAUCUGACAUGUAAGGGGCAAUAGCCACAGAGUCAAUGAAAGAAAUGCUGAAAUUAUCAGUAAUUACUGAUAGAAAGUGGGAAAUAUUUUAAACAAAUUCUCUUAAAGGUGCAAAUAUAGAAAAUGGAUUUUAAUGGCUUACUUCUUCCAUAAUUAAGGCCUUCCCUGAAGUUAAAUAGCAAAAUUGA